UGGGAGGCUGAGCGUACAGGACGGAGAGGUGAAGACAGGUGCGGCUUCAAGGUAAGGAUUCUGGCAUUGAUGCAAAGAGACAUAUGGCACAAUAUGGCCUGCUUUUAAGAUAUGACAUGUAUUAAGUGGCGCACAUCUCAUUGACUAGGCUGGGCUAAGAAGUUAGCUGUUUCACUGCAUUUAUGACAAAUCAUGUGAUGGGAAGCCAGUGACUAUUUAUUUUCUUGUUUUCAUGCUGCCUAGUAAUUUACCAAGGUAUGAAUUGCAGAGAGUGUGAGGUUGGGGUAUCGAACAUACAUUGUUUAUGGACGUUGAAAAUACUUUUCUGGAUGUUGAAAAUACAUAUUAUUUUGGUAAUUGUUUCUAUGGCCAAAUUUCAGCCAUACAUAAUCACUUAUAUCUACAUGUCAAUGAAGAAAGCAUUAUGUGCAUGUUCAAAAGCUACAUUUCCAAUUUUAAAUAGGAUUUCAGUAUGGAAUAAAAAAUGAGAUUGCAGUAGGCCUAUGGAAUAUUUAUAAUUGCUCCCAUCUGUCACUUGCACUUAUCAAAAGCAUCAGAACUGGCAGUGGCCAUCUGCAAAGUUCUGAAGAACCAACAUAACACUUCUACAACAUUCUCAGUAACAGUUAACAAUCAGAAUUCAUCCCUGUAGUUUCAACAUUACAUAAUUUAUUCUACCUCCGACCGGAAAUAAUUAACUCCGGAAUUCAUUCAUAAAUAAAAGAGAUAGUAAAUGGAGCAAAAUAAUAACAACCAUUUGCAUCAGUGAAAACAGUCAAACAAAAAUGCAUAUAUAUUUACUCACGUUUGCUUCUUGGAUGCACACAAAGUAAACUAAAAGGAUUCAGUUUUACUGGAGAACCUGACAGAUAUCCAACAACAGGUGAAGGUGGAGUUUAAUGCCAGCCUUUCCCGACAGACAUUUUGGUCGCACUCCCCUGGUCAGAUGUUGCAUGCAUGACCAGGGGAGUGCAUUCCAUGUCAAAGACUGUGUCAUCGACUGACAGAUUGCUAUAACAUAUGUGGUUAGUUGGUACGUAAAAAUCCUAUUUGGGUCAAAUUAAGAUCCUACAUCUGUACCAGGACACCGGGGUUAACACCCCAACUCGAUAUGACUGUGAUAUUGUAUGUGGUUGUUUAUCUAUCUUAGUUGAAUGCACCGACUGUAAGUCACUUUGGAUAAGAGUGUGUUCUAAAUGACCAAAAUGUAAAAAUGAACACUUUCAAAGCACACUGGGUAUUAUUCUAAUGUGCUCCGCACCCAAACAAGACCAAAUUUUGUCAGUCUGGACCAAAUCUGAACCAAUCAUAGAUGUCCAUGUUUCACAGUACAGUACAGCACAGUAUAGUAGAGCAUAGUAGAGUACAGUAGUGUCCAAACUUGUGAAAUAUCGACGUCUAUGUUUGGGUAAAAUCAAGGCCAGGACGGACUGACCAAAUUUGAACCACUUUUCUAUGUGCAUUGAUGUCCGGCGUCGGUCGGUGCUCAGUGGGCUCUCCAUUCAUAAUUGCCUUUAUCUCGCUUUCAGAUGAAUCGACUUGUGGUUAUCGUUGCGACACUCUUUGUCCCCACUGCAUACAGUGCUGCAGGUGGUUGUAAGUGAUUAUUUUAUUAUUUUGUUGGCCUGUGACUCUUCUAUCCAUUUUGUGACUCUGCAUAACUUUUUCCCUUCUUCAAUUUUAACAGUGUGGUGUUACCAUGAUCCUAGUUGUGGUAAGUAUUGGUUUUACCCCCCUGGUUACGUUGGAAUUUCUAUUCAUAAUUUGAAGUGAUUGUGAUGCCGGUGUAUAAUAGACUAUAGAAUUGAUGUAUUAGCAUAUUAUAUUACCCUUAUAAAACUAUGGUACAUUGACACCAUGGUAUGAUUGAUUCCAUGUUAAGAUGACACCACUUGGUCCACCAUUGCCAGUGAACAAUGCAAUGGAUCCCGUCAGUCUCCCAUCAACAUCGUCUCUGCGUCGGCAGUGGGUGACACAACCCUGACUGCCUUCACCUUCACCAAAUACGGAGACAACACCACAAUGAAGAAGAUCAAGAACACAGGCAAAACUGGUGAGGAGAAUGGAUGGAUGCCUUGCCUUCUCAAUCCAUACACACAAAGUCCCCACUUGAGGAUAAUGUAACAACCAAACCAGGAACCCUAAUGUGAGAAAUGGAACCAAUUCCUCUCUUUUUGUUCCUCCUCUCUUUCUUUCAGUCAAAGUGGAGCUGACAAGUGGUGUCCAGGUUACAGGCGGGGCCCUGUCUGAGGCCUAUGACAGCCUGCAGUUUCACCUGCACUGGGGCAACGGUACCUCAGUCCCUGGGUCGGAGCACACAGUGGAUGGAACCCGCUACCCCAUGGAGGUAUGGGAAGGUUCAACACAACACACACCACCCCACCACCCUUCAUGGAUUGGUGCAAGCAUGGCUGGAGGGAGUUUCCACCAUAUUCCAAACACUAAUCCAUUCAUUUUAAAGUUAUGAGUGGAAGUGUAUUUGUACACUUUGGGAGAAGGGUAGAGAAUCUGAAUGUAGCCCAUGUCACAUGGGGUGACACUUCUCAUACUGAUGCACAUAUAACAUACUGCAAUGGAUCAAUGUCAAGGACUUCAUUUAGCCUUAGUCCAGACAAACAGCAGCCCCACCACUUGGUUUACUAUAAAGCUGACGGAUGGGGAAUUGUUACCACUCUCAAAUUCAUAGAUGGUGCAAUAGUUCGACUGUUGUACUGAGCUCAUGAGGCAUUUAUAAGUUCUGUUUCUCAAGAAUCAGUGGGCAUAUACCAUUAAUUGAAAUUACCCUUGAACAGCUGUAAAUAUGGCAGAUUGUAGGCUACCUUUUUAAAUGUAUCAUUCCAACGUUUGUAUUUUCCAAUGGAUUCAGAUAACUUUUUAGACCAACUGUUAUGCUUUACCUUUCAGUUGCACAUAGUAAAUGCCAAGUCUUCGCACAACGGUAACACGACCUCGGCCGUUGCAGACAGCACGGGACUGGCUGCUCUUGGCUUCUUCAUAGAGGUGAGCGGAUGCUUAACCUUCCUAGAAAUGUUAUCAAUUUUUCCAUAGUAGAUUGGCAUUUAAAUGUUUUAUUGCAGUUUUUUAUGACUAAAGUCUUUGUUUUUCAAACAGGCCAUGCCGGGUAAUGCGACUGGUUCACCAGCAGCCUGGAAUACUCUGACAUCCUACUUGGCCAACAUCACACUAAAAGGUGAGAGCAGAAAUUUGACUGGCUCUGAUUUGAUCAAGAACUAGUUUCUCAAAAUAUUUCCCUCAAUUUGGGAUUAGUUUUUCUCUUUUGAAUUCAAAAUAAGUAAUUUUCUUGUUCCAUUUCAGUAGCAUAUGAUUUUAGUAUACAUUUUAUCUCUCUAUCUUCCUCAAGAUGAGCAUGUAAACAUUACUCAUGCUAUUUCAUUGGAUGAGCUCCUGGAAGGGGUGGACCGUACCAAAUACUACCGUUACCUUGGCUCCCUGACCACUCCAAAUUGCAAUGAGGUUGUGGUUUGGACCGUGUUCAAGGACCCUAUCAAAGUCAGCCAGGACUUGGUGAGUUUGUGCAACAAUUUCAUAAUAAACUGAACACCAUUUCUACUCACCAGAAAGAAGUCAUGAACAUACAGAUCCCAUAUCUCAAAUUGAGCCAGUUUCACACAGCAGGAAAUAGACCUGCAGCAACAGGAAUUAUGGAUUGUUAUGUGUAUUAUAAUUAAAGGAAAAUUUUUCUAAGGGUUGCGAAAAAAAUUGUUAGGGCAAAUCAAGUCGGAAAUUUUAAUGUGGAGAUUACAAACUGUAGAAGCCUUUUUAAACCUUGAGUACACUAAAAGUUGGCAUUUCGCUCUGUGCAGGAAAAUUCAUAUGCACGGCGUAUGUACACACGUUUUAGGAAUUUCUUAUUUUCAUCACAUUUUUAACCAAAAUGCAAUGACAUGGCGUAAAGUUAUUUUUGUGAUCUAUUUAUGUAUUUACUUGGAGAGCAAUUGCCUCAAAGUUCAGUUGAUUUCACAUUACUUGGCAGCUCAACUAAAACUAGAUGUUGAUGAACUGACGUCUAUGCCCAGUGGGUAAAGCCAUUGGGUCAGCCUGAUGUCACACUUAUGUCUUUGAUCCAAUCUGCAAUUAAUUAACCUUCUCCCCUCAGAUUGAUCUCUUCAGCACAACAUUGCACACUGACCACAACGCCACCUCUGCCUCAAUGACCAACACCUUCAGGAACAUCCAGCCUGUCAACGACUGGGUGGUGACAACCCAGGGCCGCACAGCGUCGGGAGCCUCCACAACGUGCUCCUCUCUGGGCCUUAUGGCCCUGGCCUGCAUGCUGCUGAGGGUUUAGUGUCGGAAAGUAACGCCUCACCUGAAGUGCACUUCCAUAUCUCCAUGAACCCUCAAGCUACCAACAUAUUUACCUUACAUCGAUUACCAACAGGGGUCAUCUUGACCCCAAGGAGAAACUAUUGGAAAAAGCAACAAUCAUAGCGAAAUGUGUUAACUUAUUUAUCUUCAAAACAUAAUUAUUUAUAAAUGUAAUUAAUGUUAUCUGAAAUAAAAUGACCUAAACCGACUGUUAUUUUAGCAAAAAGAAAAAAUACAUGUGUCCUUUAUAUAAUGUGCAUCUUGAGUACAAUCCACCUUAGUACUAAAACGC